AAUGAAACCAAGGCAAGUAACGUGCCCACGAAACGGGAUUCCUGUUUUAAAAGCGCGUCUAUACUCGUAAAAAAGUGGCUUUACGACGGAAGGAUCCUGUUAGACAGAAUUGAAGCUGUUAGAAGUGAGACGAAACGCAAGCCGCUCUAUUCCCUCGCCUGGCUUUAUGACAAAGGCAUUCUGGGAGUUGUAGUUUAUUGUAGCGCAUUGUAGCGCUGCAGGAAGAUGGAGCUGGAGCCGCUAAGAACUACAUUUCCCGACGAGCUAUAAUGCGUCUGCUGACGUAACACGGAAUGACGCUCUGACCCGAGACUGGUUGUUGUUAAUAAUAAUAAUAAUACGACUCCCGGUCUGAACCCCACAAAAGCGCCUCAGCUUCUCAUUCUGAUGCUGCCUUUGCGCCUGCUCCAAACUCAAUGCAGGAUACCUUGGACUUUGGCCACGUUGCCGUAUUCUAGAUCACAGCUUCACAUGGAGAGGCCGGUGGAGAAGGCCAUCCGAUCCAAACUGACCGAGACCCUGAAGCCCAGCCACUUGGAGGUGCUGAAUGAGAGCUACAUGCACGCGGUGCCCAAGGGCUCAGAAACACACUUUAAGGUGGUGGUAGUCUCUGAGAUCUUCCUUGGCAAAUCUCUGAUCCAGAGGCAUAGACUGGUGAACGAACUGCUGAAGGAAGAGUUAGCUGGUCCUGUUCAUGCCUUGUCCAUCCAAGCCAAAACCCCUCAACAAUGGGAGGAAAAACCCACCAUCGGCAAAAGCCCAGCCUGCAUGGGCAGCUCAAAGCAUGACCCGGAGAUGAUCAAGAAACUUGGCACUCAAGUGUAGAUGUGACUUUUAUGGAAGCUUCUACACCUGAUAACUACAGUUGACUUUUCUGGUUUUUGGGUUUUUUUUUCAGAAGAAAAUUGUUAACUUAACCUGUUUGUGGCCAGCCUAGGGCAGUGUACCGAACUGAUCCAGAGAAAUGGUACUUCUGUCCAUAUUUGUGAUGGUUUGACAGGGGGUUAAAUUGAUUAUGUUGUUACCAUCAAAUAAAGAAAUUAAGUCAUUA